AUGGACGUUACUUGGAAACACAAUGGUGUUGUUCUUGAAGUAGAUAAUACUGAUGUGGUCCUUUUCUACAUUCCUGAGCGAGGGCUUUGCGAACUGACAAUUUCAGAAGCCUUUGUAGAAGAUGCUGGAGUUUAUGAAAUAGAGGCACUCAAUGAAUUCGGCGUUGCGGUCUCUCAGACGGAGGUCGUUGUUCGGGCUUUAGAAGAACUUGAAGAACCUGUAACAAAGGAGAUACCAUUGAAAGAAGCUACUUUUGUGGAGGAAGAAUUGCAUCCUGAAGAGGUUCCCAUCCCCAUCAAAGAAGUUGUUGAGGAAACCUCACCAUUGGUGAAAGCAAAACCAUUUGAAACUGAACUAAAAUUAUCAACUGAAGCCAAACCGAUGCAAGAAGAAUUGGUGGAAAAGGACAAAUUGUACGAGUUCACGAUUGGAGCUAAAGGCAAAUCAAAGGGGAAAACGGAGAUCAAGGAAGAAAAAGAAGUGACUGAAGAAGAAAGGAGAGAAGGAGCACCCGGACCUGUCGAAAUGGGGAAAGAUAAGGUGGAUGGUAAGCGGAAGAAGGAAUCGCAGCCAGAGCCCACGGUAACUGCUGUUGAGAAGGAGGAGAUGAAGGAGAGUAGGACAGACUUGGAGGUGGCGGACCGUGUCGAUGGAAAGGGGGCGCUAGAGGCUACACCAUUGCGUGAAUCUGUGCCCAAAGUACCAAAAGAAUCGGAGGAAAUUGAAUUCCCAAGAAAGGAGUUUUCUGAAGACGUCCAGGCGCUCCCAGAAUCUGCAAUGGAAACCACAAGUAAUGGCUUCCGUUGUCGCUAUAAGUUUGCCUGA